GCCACACUGCUCUCAGGAAGGAUGUUGGAGGGAGGAAGGGAGGGAGACGGAGGAUGAGGGGGGAUACUUCCCUGGCAAUGAAGGAGCCAAUGGCAUGACGCACUUUCCCGGCAGCUCCUGCUCAGAGACGGCGUCAAAAUAAUACAUUAAGGACUCGAAUUUAAGGAAAGUAGGAGCUUAGUUAAAAUGCACAUAAGGUAAACGAAUGCGAAAUCUAUUAUUUAAAAGGAUUUUCUUUGUCAUGUACUGUUGUUGUUGAAUUUCUUUUGAACAGUAGGGGGCACUGCAGUCCCGUCUGCCGUUUAUACAGGUGAGUUGCCAUUGAGGUCAGAAUUCCCAUUAAAAAAAAAAGGAUUUCAUGAAAGGCGCAUAUGUAAAUUUUCUAUAUUAUAAACACACAAGUAAGUAAAUAAAAUGAAAUAAUGAUAGUUGUAAUAAUAGUAAUAAUAGUUGUAAUACACACUGACUAUUGUGUCUUAAAUAUCUACCCGCAGUUCUUACGGACUGCUUUGUGCCUACCAACAUAAAUAUAGAGGAAGGGAAGCACACAUGUAUUCUUUAUCUAUAAACCAACUUGUACUCAUUAACUACAUCACACUUGCCUACAUACAUGUAGACAAUGGGUGUGUUUGAGGACUGCAUCGGUAGCUAAAGUGUACGUAUAGAUAUGAGUAAUGUCGGGAUAAUAUAUAAAUCCUCGACAAGGCGUGUACAGAAAUAGCCAUAGGAAAGAUAGCUACAAUGUCAGUGGGAAAAUACGUAAGUUUUGGAGGGAAAUGAUGACGAAAUGUUGGAAACGUGUAUAUUAUAUGUUAGUUAUGCAUAUGAAUUACAAAUAUGCAAUAAGUCAGAUACAUCACGGUCGGUUUAUUUAUUUAUGUGAGAGAUUAUGUAAAUUGCAGCAACUGCAAUUUCAUCACACAAACGUAAUCUAAAACGCAUGAAUUGGAAAAUGUGUUCGGAAGUCAAAUACCUCCCCAAACGGGAUUCUUAUAGCCCUCUAAUGGGCCUUCAAAAUAAAAUCAAGUAUAUUUUUCCUUAUUGAACCAAAUUACAAUUUGAUAUAUUUAUUAGGAGUUACGUCGGGUUUCAAAAAGAUCUUAAAGCUGUGUGUUUAUUCAAUACGAAGACUAGUAUCCAUUUUAACCAUUGCAAGGGUAAGGAAAAAGACGGAUACUAGUAUGAAAAUUAAAUGCACCAAGAAUAACAUACAAAGCAAAGUGUAUGCGCAUUUACUACUGGAAAUAUAAGCAAUGACUGUACAUUCUGUUUGAACGCAUAUAUAUUAUAUCAUUAGUAGAGAUUACCUUUGAGCGAAUUCAGCAGUCCAAUUUUAUUUUGAAGUUCUCUACCGGAAGUAGCACUGGCGCUGCCUCUGGAUGACAGGCGAAUCAGAAAAUCAAUUAAGUUAUGAAAAACAGCAUUAAUUGCCUUUCUUUGUCGCCGCGGCUCACCGGGAAAUGGCGGAGCUUCAGUCGUCGUUUUGUUAAGGGCCACAACCUCUGACUCGAUGGAGGGUUGGGAGACACCGCUCGCCACAGUCACUGACAGGAAUUACAUCCCAUUUUAGAACUCUUCAAGGAUAAUUCUCACAGCCAAGACUGAGCCGAUGGUUCCGGACGUCUGUGAAAAGAGCUAUCGAAGCAGCGUGAGGCUGACUGGAAGAUGCCAAGAAAAAAACAGCAGAAUCCACAACCAGUCAAGUUGGAUUCUGAAGAUGGUCUAGCCAGCGAAGCUCCAGCCAACCUCACCUUAGACCCAGACUUCCUUCUCGAACAAACCCUGGAUUUUGGCGAUCCUGAUCCGGACAACAAGAUUAUCAGCCUGGAAAAGUUCUCAGAAGUAGCAGCUGAAAUUGGGUUCUCGGUCUACCCUAUGGGUGAUGAGGAGAGCCCCGCCUACAGCCACCUCAGCAUGGAAAGCGAAACCGACACCUCCCGCAGCACCACUGACACCACCAGGGAGGACGAGGGCCGAGCCUCCCAGUCCGAGCUCAGCUUCCCGUCCUACCUCUCCUGCAGGGGGUGUGGUCAGUUGCGGGACGACCCCUUGGGACCUGUCGACCUUGUGGGCCCUUACUGCCUCAGGUGCUGCAAGGCCUCCAGAGAAUCCAAAAGUUCAGACUUUGGUUUUGGAGGCAUUGGUGGGCUUCACACAGAGUCCCAACAGCAAGAGGACGAUGAGAUACAAAGCGACAAAGCCAUGAUGCUGGAAGAUAAUCUGCCCAAGCUGCACUCGUGCCACCUGUGUGGUUUCUCGUCCCGCUAUGCUAACCACGUCAAGCGUCACAUGAAGACUCACAACGGGGAGAAACCCUACAACUGCCCGCUGUGCUCCUAUGCCUCAGCUCAGCUGGUCAACCUGCAGCGGCACCUGCGCAUCCACACCGGGGAGAAGCCCUACAAGUGUGAGAGCUGUGCCUUCGCCUGCAGCUCCCUGGGAAACCUGAAGAGACACAUGCGCAUGCACGUGCCAUCGGUGGGGGCGGGACCCGACGCUCCGUUCCGGCCUUCCAGCACACCCAGCAGCCUGAAAACUCCAGCAAUGGAACAAGGACCCCCUGAAGAAGAUCUGGAUGCUUCAACUAAGGAGGUCGCCAAGGCGUCGUCUAAUCUCAGCUUGGGAAGUCAGAACAACUACCUUCCCGCAUUCAACAGCCUUAAAGGGGCGUCGCCACAAACUGCUCCCGCAUCGAAUCCAGCCCCUAACUCACUGGAGACGGCCUCUACCCGCUCAUCCAGAGGGGGGCUGGGAGACAGUGCCACUCUGCCCCCUUCACUCUUUCCCUUCACCUGCAGGCUGUGUGGAGUCGUCCUGGAAGACGAGGACGGCUCCUCUGCUCAGAUCUGCUCCAAAUGCACUCUAGAGAUGCUGACUAAAGACUCGUCCUCGUCCCCCGGGAGCCCCAGCGAGCGCAGUGAUAAGGUGUACACGUGCGCCUGCUGCCCGUUCCUCACCCACUACCCCAAUCACUUGGCACGCCACAUGAAGACUCACAGCGGCGAGAAGCCCUACAAGUGCCCGCAGUGCGAGUACGCGUCGGCACACUUCGACAACCUGAAGCGCCACCACAGAGUGCACACGGGGGAGAAGCCUUACAAGUGCCACCUGUGCGACUACGCCUGCGGGAACCUCGCCAACCUUAAGCGGCACCAGCGCGUGCACUCCGGCGCCAAGCCCUUCCAGUGCGCGCUGUGCAACUACAGCUGCAACCAGAGCAUGAACCUGAAGCGGCACAUGCUGCGGCACACUGGGGAGAAACCGUACCGCUGCCAGGACUGCGGCUACACCACCGGCCACUGGGACAACUACAAGAGGCACCAGAAGAAACACGGCCUGGCCACCGACGGCUGGGUCAAAGUCCCCAUGACUGGCCACCAGGACGAGGAGGACGAGGAGGACGACAACAACGAGGAGGAAGAGGGGAGAAAAGGGAUGGGGGUGCAAGCGCCCAGAAAAGAUGAUUAUGCAGUGUUCGUCUGAAAUACCUUUCCAUGCUGCACAUUUGAUUGUAAAACAUGACUCAGCAGAAUUAAGCUACCAGCAACGUUGUUUUUCACAAAGCCUUUAUACCCUGUCUGUUUUUUAUGUCAUCUUAAGAUGCCUUUGGGAGCGGACAUUUGUGCCAACGCUGCGUCUGAAUCUGUUCCACAUCAGGCCGUAGCAUCUCAUCCCAAAUACCAGACGCUAUUGCCCUGCUAUGUACACGAGUAAGAUAAAGAGGUUCCUCGUCCUGCGGUGUCUCUGCAACUUUAUUUGUACUGGUUGGAAGCACCGCGGCCUUUUGAAUCCUCUUCAUAAAAACAUAUACUAGGGGAAAGAUCAUAUUCACUGGCCAGAUCGUCGGUGCGUGCUGUGACUCAAAGGUUUGAAGUUUGGAGGUGCCAACAACUGACAUCACAUCAGAGGGAAAGUUGUCAUUCUGGUCAAAGAAUUAAAAACUAUUUUCAUCAGAUUUUAAAGCUGCACUGUCUAAAUGGAGGUCACUUUUUGUUUUCAUAUGAGCAUGUGCUGCAGUAUCACUCGUACUACAAGAGCCUUGCCGGGUACCAAGACUUACCUUACUCCUGUCACUGGUACCUCUAGCAGCUAGCACAAUUGCUACGAGUUCUAAUCCAUUGCCUUGAAAGUAAAAAAAACAAAACAAAACAAAAUAUAACGGUUAUAUUAUUACCACAACAUACUACCAAUAACUUGCAUGACUCAAACACGCUUAGUACUAUAUGAAAUAUACACCAUUUUCCGACAAAGAUUUAGUGUUAAUAAAUGCUAUUUUUUGCUCAUAUGAACAUAUACAUAUAUGGUAACUUCUGGACAGCUGCUAUUUUUGCCCCAUUAAAUACAUGUUUGAAUAUUAGCAUAGGAAUAGGUGUCUGAGAAAACUAGUCUAAUGCUAGCAUCUUUUCUAUGCUGUUAUUAUAAAGAGGUGGAAAUAUAAUGGAUAUUAUUUAUAUGAAAUACUUUAUCGAUAUUGCUUUCCCUCUUGUUCCACAGAUUUCAUGAAUUCAAUUAUGAAGUUAACAGUGCAGCUUUAAAAGCUAACGGCUCCAAGGAAAGUGUAUUCAUCACGAGUUUUAAUGUGAUUUUUAAAAAAAAAUCUACAUAUAUAACAGAAUGCAUGUAUUUCUGGCAUUGCUUUUUAUAAAGAAGCACCAAAGUGUUUAGUGUUAUAAGGGGGAAAAAAAAAUGCUAGUUUCCCCCCCAAAAAAGGAACAUCUGCGCAGGGGGGGUUAUGUUAAGUAUAUUUGAUAACUGUGAAAUUAGGCCAUGUUUGUUUUUACUUGAAAAUGUUUCAUGUGAGUUUUCAUUAUUAUUAUUUUUAAAUGUGAUUGUAAACACUGUUAAUAGCAUUAUUCCAUCGAUUUGUUGCUGGUUAUUGAUCAUGUACAAGUGGGGGAUCUUGUUUUUCAGGGUGCAGCUGAGUGUCGUGUCAUCAUCCGUCUGUAUGCAGUGUCUCAGAAAUGCCUUAAAUAAAUGUGAUGUUUCUGUCAGAUAUGU